GGCGCGGGGAAGAUGGCGGCGGCGGCGGCGGCGGCGGCGGCGGCGGGCGGGUGGGCGGCCGAGGGCCCCGAGGAGUUCGAGGACGCGCCCGACGUGGAGCCGCUGGAACCGACGCUCGCCAACAUCAUCGAGCAGCGCAGCCUCAAGUGGAUCUUCGUGGGCGGCAAGGGCGGCGUGGGCAAAACCACCUGCAGUUGCAGCCUGGCGGUUCAGCUGGCCCGGGUGAGGGAGAGCGUGCUGAUCAUCUCCACCGACCCCGCCCACAACAUCUCGGACGCCUUCGACCAGAAGUUCUCCAAGGUGCCCACCAAGGUCACCGGCUACGAGAACCUCUUCGCCAUGGAGAUCGACCCCAGCCUGGGCGUGGCCGAGCUGCCCGACGAGUUCUUCGAGGAGGACAACGUGCUCAGCAUGGGCAAGAAGAUGAUGCAGGAGGCCAUGAGCGCCUUCCCCGGCAUCGACGAGUGGGGGCGCCUGAUGCAGAUCAAGAACCAGAUCAGCCCCUUCAUCUCCCAGAUGUGCAGCAUGCUGGGGCUGGGGGACAUGAACGCCGACCAGCUCGCCUCCAAGCUGGAGGAGACGCUGCCCGUGAUCCGCUCGGUCAGCGAGCAGUUCAAGGACCCGGAGCAGACCACGUUCAUCUGCGUGUGCAUCGCCGAGUUCCUGUCUCUCUACGAGACGGAGCGGCUGAUCCAGGAGCUGGCCAAGUGUCGCAUCGACACGCACAACAUCGUGGUCAACCAGCUGGUGUUCCCCGAGCCCGCGCGGCCCUGCCGCAUGUGCGAGGCGCGCCACCGCAUCCAGGCCAAGUACCUGGACCAGGUGAGGGACCUGUACGAGGAUUUCCACAUCGUGAAGCUGCCGCUGCUGCCCCACGAGGUUCGGGGGGGGGACAAAGUCAACACCUUCAGCUGCCUCCUGCUGGACCCCUACCAACCCCCCAGCCCCAAAUAACCCCCCAAAAAACACCCCAAAAAAUCCAAAAAUCCUCCCAAAAA